UCAAAAAUUAUUAGUGAUGAUAACGAAAAAUAUUGUUAAUUAUGAUAAAAAGCACUCAUUCGUUACUGGUGGUUCACAAGGUUUAGGAUUAUCAACUGCAAUUGAAUUAAUAAAGCGUGGAAGUAACGUAACAAUUUGUGCAAGGAAUAAAUCAAAACUAUCCAAGGCAGUAGAUGAAUUGACAAAAUAUAAAGUUUACGAUGAUCAAUAUAUUGGAUAUACGAUAGCAGAUCUAUCGGACUAUUCUCAGACGAUUUCUGCUUUAAAUAAAGCCAAGAGAGAUUCCGGUGAGACACCUUCAAUGAUCUUCUGUUGUGCAGGAUGUUCAACACCUGGAUGGUUUGCAGAAAUGUCAGUAGAUAAUUUCAUGAAAGAUAUGCAAACCAAUUAUUAUUCCGCCUUGUGGACUGUUAAGGCUGCAACCUCAAUAAUUAUACAAGAUGGUAUUAAAGACUCACAUGUGACUCUCGUUUCAUCAGUCCUUGGUUUCCCAUUAGGUCUUCCAGGUUACUCUUCUUAUACUCCUUCUAAACAUGCGAUUAGAGGUUUAGGCGAUACCCUUAGAACAGAGUUACAACUCUACGAUAUUCGUACACAUGUUUAUUUCCCAGGAACAAUAUAUACACCAGGUUAUGAAACUGAAAAUGAAACUAAACCUGCACUUACAAAGAAAAUUGAGGGUGCUGCAGAUGGUUUAACACCGCAGGAAUGUGCAAUCGCUCUACUAAAAGGUAUAGAUAAAGACGAAUAUCAAAUUACAUCAGACUUUGUAGGAAGUCUCAUCAAGAAUAUAAGUAGAGGUGCAUCACCAACUAACAAUAUCUUAAUUGAUACCUUUUACUUACUUAUAGCAGCAAUUGCUUUCCCAUUUUGGAGAAUCUAUAUGGAUUAUCUCGUCAAAAGUGAAAAAAAAGUGAAAAAUCAUUGAUUUGUAAUUAAUCAUUAACAAAAUUGUAUUUCGAAAAAUAAAAAAGGAAAAGAAAUCUUAGAGUUUUCAUAUUAAUUGAUAAUCCUGUUAUGCAAAUGG